AUGUUCUCCAUUGGUUGCUGGAACAUCAUUCUCCGAGUCGUCCAAUGGGUCAGUGGAACUCUAGGCGUAACUCUCAACACUUUCCUUAUCACCCUUAUCAUUUUCCGAUCCCCAAAAGACAUCGGUGCCUAUAAAUACCUAAUGAUCUACAUCUCCGCAUUCGAAAUUGCCUACUCCAUCCUGGACAUCAUAAUCGAGCCCCAUGCAUUCUCCCACGGACCCAUUUUUAUUGUCUUCCGCUGUUUCAAGGACUCAUUCUUUACCAGGGACCAAGGAUUCUAUCUAAUUGUUGUCUAUUGUGGCUCUUUUGGCCUGUCUAUUGCUCUAUUCGGUGUACACUUUGUUUAUCGAUAUGGUGCCGCUGAUUCGGAAUUCCGGAAAUCUUAUUUAUCCGGACGCAAAUUGAUUGUUCUAUUCUUGAUCCCAGUGGUCUAUGGAAUCUGGUGGUCAGCUGUCACAUUUUUUCUCUAUAAAUCCAGCCAUGAAUCCGAUUUAUUCAUCAGUUCCAGUACGUCAUUGUUAGAUGGAUUGGAAACGAAAAUCGACGAAAUUUCCUACAUCAUCGUUUGGUUUUAUGCUCCAAAUCCAUUGAAUCAAAACAAAAUCGAGCCAGUUUGGACGAGUUUCGUUGGUAUUGGAUGCAUGUGGUUCAUGAUAUUCUCUUCGUUCUUUUGUGUCAUUUAUUUCGGUGUGAAGUGUUAUAAGAAAAUUAUGAGAAAGUUGAAGACGUCGAAAAUGUCUUCGUACUAUACGAAAUCCAUUCAGCAGCAGUUGUUUCAAGCGUUGGUGGUUCAGACCCUCAUCCCGGUGUUCCUUAUGUACAUCCCCGUUGGUGUCCUCUUUUUCUUCCCAAUGAUAAAUUUCGAAGUUGGAUCUAUCAGUAGUUUUGUGACGGCUACAAUUGCAAUCUAUCCAGCUGUGGACCCAUUACCCACUAUGUUCAUUGUGGAGACAUAUCGGAAAACGUUGAUGUGUGAGUUUUUCGAAAUUUUUUUGAGAUUGUGUAGCUCAAGUUUUAUAACUUUAAAAAGGGAAAGUCAAAAAGAAUUUAGGUGGCUGCAAGAACGAGAGGAAGGGCAUUGUGGAGGAUGGCGCCGAAUUGCAGAAUUAAUUAUUUUCGAAACUUUUUAA